AUGCUCUUCAACAAGUCCAUCUUUGCCGUUGCCAUUGUGGCUUUGGCUAAUGUCGUGACUGCCACUACCGUGCAGACCCCGGCCUGUGUCCUUAAGGUCAUCGGCAACCAACCCAACCCGGCCGAUUCGAAGACUAUCUGUGGCUCUAGCGCCAGCAAGAUCCAGUCUGCCAUCUCCAAGAACUGCGCCGAUAGCGAGGCCUCCCUGAAGUUCUUCGCUAGCAACUGCGCCCAGCUCGGCCACAAAGUUGCCACUGAUGUUUCCACCACUACCGCUACCUCUACCGGCACUUCUGAGAGCUCUACUGCCACUGGCUUCGUCACUGCCGUGUCCUCUGCCACCCACACUGGUUCCUCUGUCGUCGCCACUGGCACUGGCGCCAGCGCCGCCGCCGGUACCUCGGGAGUCAGCUCUGGCACCGCCUCUGAGUCUGGUGCCGCCGCGUCCCCUACUUCGACCUUCAACGCCGCUUCGUCCGACCACCAGUUCUCCGCCACCACCUUUGUUGCUGCGGUGUUCCUCGGCGCUGCUGCUUUGCUGUAA